GAUGGCGUCCCGUCCACCUUGAAUCGUUGCUCUAGGCGAUACAAAAUGUCCGCUUAUCUGCUACUUGUUCAAGUAGGAAGGCCCCCGUGUUCCGUAGGCAAUGACGUCGCUGCCACCACCAUCGUCUUCUCCCGUCAUUGCUGGUGGAGACGACGGAUUCCGGUGAGGUGGGAGGGUAUUCCCGAGCAGUGCUAUUUCUUGCCCGGAUUCGCAGCAGCCAAUGCCUCCUCCUCUCCGGAACCUCUAGGGUUUAUCCGAAGCGAUGCCUCAUCCUCUUUCGAUUCAAAGCCUCCAGGCUCCGAAGCGAGCUCAGAUGUCGAUGAAUCUAUUAGCAGCAGACGCUGCCCUUCUGGGUCGCCCCACCAGAUUCUUGGACCGCCACAGAACUUCUCGUCUCCACGUCUUCAAUCGGAUUUGUACUCCCACUGCUCGGAUUUCAAUCGGUUUGUCUUCUCUUCCUUGUGGGAACUUCAAACGCGGCCGAAAGCCAUUCCAUUUUGGUGAGUUCAACUGCUUUAGAGACCGUACUCAUGAGAUUUUGUCCGAUGGGUCUAGUGCGGAGCCCAAUGCGAGUAAGGAGAUUGUUUUGGAUGAGAGAGUUCGGGUUUUUGGAGAUUCCGUGAGGUGGGGGAUUCGUUUUGGCGUUUCUGCGAUGGCCUGUGGGCUGUUUGUGAUGAGGUCCCAGAGAGUUCUUGCGGCAGAUGGAGUCGCGGAGGCUUGUGUUAGGGUUUUGGGGACGGAUGGAAUGGUGUUUAGGGGGUUGUGGUCGAAGCUAUUGCAGGUCCUUAGUGUUCUCAAAGAGCAAGGCCUGAUUUUGGCUGCACUAUUGGGUCUUUCUGCGUUCUUCUCCAUGGCAGAGACGUCCAUCACGACUCUGUGGCCGUGGAAGGCUCGUGAAUUGGCUGAAAAAGAGCCCGAGAAUGGUGUCUUCAGAAUGCUUUGUAGUGAUGUUACUCGAUUCUUGACGACCAUUCUUAUUGGCACAACUGUAGUCAAUAUUGGUGCUACGGCACUUGUCACGGAGGCGGCAACUACAAUUUUCGGUGAAGCUGGAGUUAGUGCAGCUACAGGAGUUAUGACUGUUGCUAUAUUGUUACUAACGGAAAUUACUCCAAAAAGUGUUGCCGUUCACAAUGCCACAGAGGUAGCUAGAGUUGUUGUAAGGCCAGUUGCAUGGCUUUCCUUGGUGCUGUAUCCUGUGGGAAGAGUUGCUACUUUUCUUUCUAUGGGAAUGCUGAAGAUGCUAGGUCUGAAAGGUAGAAGGGAACCAUAUGUGACUGAAGAUGAGGUGAAGUUAAUGCUGAGAGGAGCAGAGGAUUGUGGAGCAAUAGAGGAAGAAGAACAGGAUAUGAUUGAAAAUGUUUUAGAGAUAAAAGAUACGCAUGUCAGAGAGGUGAUGACACCUCUGGUAGAUGUAGUUGCAAUUGGUGCAAGUGCAAAACUCGUUGAUUUUCAAAAGCUAUGGGAGACUCACCAAUAUUCUAGGGUACCUGUUUUUGAGGAGCGUAUAGACAAUAUUGUAGGCAUUGCAUACGCCAUGGACAUGCUAGAAUGCAUUGAAAAGGUUGAAAUGCUGAAAGAGAUAACUGUGAAAGAGAUUGCACACAUGCCUACAUAUUUCGUUCCUGAUUCAAUGUCUGUCUGGAACCUGCUUAGAGAGUUGCGCGUAAGGAAGGUUCACAUGGCUGUAGUUCUGAAUGAAUAUGGUGGAACUGUUGGUAUUGUGACUUUGGAAGAUGUUGUUGAGGAAAUUGUAGGUGAAAUCUUUGAUGAGAAUGAUUCCAAGGAAGAGAUCCAGAAAAAAACUGGUCACAUAGUGAUGCAAGAAGAUGGAACAUUUGAUGUUGAUGCAAAUACAUCAAUUGACCAGCUUUCUGAGGAAUUAAAUAUCAAAAUACCUGAGGAUCAUCAAUAUGAGACGGUAUCUGGUUUCAUCUGUGAGUCUUUUGGAUAUAUACCAGAAGAAGGUGGGAAGACUGUUGUGGUAGUUGAGAAGGAAAACCAAGAAGAAAAUAGUGAAUACACAGAUACUGAAUACAAUCAUCACAAUGAGGAGACACAUCAAACAUAUGAACUUGAGAUAAUGGAAGCUAAUGCCAGAAAAGUCAGCAGAGUCCGUUUUAAGCCAAUUCACAAUAAUAAAGUUGCAGACCUGGAAACAAAAGGUAUAAAACGUCUGGUUUCCACCAAAGUUAUCAAAAGGAAGACUCCAUCUGAUCCCCAGGGGAAGAUGAAAGAAGGCCACCCUUCUCAAGUCCAAUUGCAGGGUACAAUGGAAGGCUUAAACUGUUAUGUGAUUAAUAACAAUACAACAGAUGAUCAUUAUGGUAAAGAUAGCUAGUAAUUACAUUGCACACGGAAUCUAUCUUUUCAUUCCUCUUACAUCACUGGAGAAGGAUAGGAAAAUAAGAAAAUAAAAGCAACCACGGAAGUAACGAAAACCAAGGAUGGAAAUGAAAUGAAAUCUGAGAUUGUUACAGGUGCAGGGAAGUAUCAACAUCUGUUUCAUUGUGGCGAACUGAGCCAUUGUCUCUGGGCUCGUUAGGCCACAGGCUCAUUGAGAGUGAGAUCUCAAGGUCCUCGAAUUGAGUGCGAUUGCCUUGUGUAUCAAGCUGUUGGGAUGGAGGAGCUUGGAGAGGCUGGGAAGGACGGAUCAAAUCCGGAUGAAAGAACCACUUGGGUUGCUCACAGUAGGCACCCGGGCUUGGGCGAUCCCCAUCAGCUGCAGGCACUCUUAUGAGCUCUCUUUCUUCCCUCAUCUCUUUGACUCUCUGUAGUUGCCUGAAUCUCUCCUGCAGGAGGGCAAUGGAAGAGUGGACAAUCGGGUCAUUGUUUUGCCUCCCCAUGAUGCCAGUGUGAACUGAGACUCCAAAGCACAGUAGCUUGGUGGAUGAGAGAUGUUGGGAUUGAUGGGAGUGUCUUUGGUCUUAAGGAUCUAUCUGAGGGAUGGCCGUGCCUAUUAUUUAUAGGGAAUGGAUGGUGUCCUCUUGCAUUUAUUUUAUAUGAUUUUGUGCCCUUUGAUUGUUCCUGGAUGAUGUCAAUGAGAGAGGAGAAUCAACUGAGGAGCUGCUACGGCCAAGAAGGAAAGGCUCUGGGGGCUAUCUAAGGAGUUGGGUUAGUGGAUGGGAGCAGGAGUAAAGCCACUUUUUGAAAGGGAGAUAGGGGUGGGAGCAUAGUCCAAGGGAGGGUGGAGGUUAGCAUUUGGAGUCGGGUUUGGAGGAGAAUAUGAAGUUGUGUGAUGGGUUUGUCGCCUGCUCCUUGCCUUAAAGAAAUGACCUUUUAGUGGGUUUCGGAGGAAAGAGUUAUCAUCCCUUUUGUUUCUUUCGUUGUUUAGUCCAGUAAAAUGUCCUGGACUGACUGAAUGACCCAAAUGAACCGAUCCAGACUGGAGCUUGGACAGUGGUUUGCAAUCUAGUCUGAACCAUUGCUUUUAUAACAGCAUCUUUGUUUCACAGUACGGCAUCCGCAUCCUGGGACCCAAAUAUUCUGGAGAAGAUCUAAAAGAAAAUUCUGUAUUGCUAAAGUAUGCUCUGUAAUUUCUAGCUCUUUUUUUUUUUCCUUCUUUUUUUUUUUUGUGUGAUGGAAGUUUCGUGGAACCAAACUAAAAUGCACCACUCAGAACAUCCUCCAAGUGCAUACGCUGGGUUCAUCUUUGUUCCCCAUAGAUAUCUAAAGGAAAAUUUUGAAUGCCCUGCGUGCAGUGUAGUUUGGCAUAUUCAUAGUGGUGUGGUUGGUGUUGUUUGUAAAUUGACCAGAGUCUUUGGGUACUUUAACCAAAUUAAGGUUUAAAAUAACAGAAAUUAUAAUGGUUUUGUGUUUCUCUGUUAUGUUACCUAAAUAUGGCAUUGGACAAAAGAUGAAAGACAUUAUAAGAGGUUUGUGUAAUAUUCCGAUGGCCCA